UACAGGUGAAGAGAGACAGUGAGGGAAGGAGGAGGCUGUGCUCACAGACCGGGAAAAGAUCUCUGGGCAAGUCUUGCAUGCCAGGCUGCCACUGACACACCAAGGAGCUAGAAGUGAGAAGAGUGCUGCUAGCCAUGAGUGACAAGUCCAGCUUCCUGCACAUCGGGGACAUCGUGUCCCUCUACGCUGAGGGCACGGUAUGCGGCUUUAUCAGCACCCUGGGUUUGGUUGAUGACAGAUGUGUGGUGGAGCCUGCUGCAGGAGACCUAGAUAACCCGCCCAAAAAAUUCAGAGACUGCCUGUUUAAAGUCUGUCCUAUGAAUAGAUAUUCUGCUCAGAAGCAAUAUUGGAAGGCUAAGCAGGCCAAACAGGAAAAGGAAAAGAUCUCAGAUGUCCUUCUUCUCCAGAAGCUUCAGCAUGCAGCAACAAUGGAGCAAAAACAAAACGAGACCGAGAAUAAGAAGGUUCAUGGUGAGGUGGUGAAGUAUGGCAGUGUAAUACAGCUGCUUCAUAUGAAGAGUAACAAGUACCUUACUGUGAAUAAACGCCUUCCUGCACUGCUGGAAAAGAAUGCCAUGCGUGUUACUCUUGAUGCAACUGGAAAUGAAGGGUCCUGGCUUUUCAUCCAACCCUUUUGGAAACUGCGCAGUAAUGGAGACAAUGUGGUUGUUGGUGAUAAAGUAAAUCUUAACCCUGUGAAUGCUGGGCAACCUCUACAUGCUAGUAACUAUGAACUAAGUGACAAUCCAGGAUGCAAGGAGGUAAACUCCCUAAAUUCUAACACCAGCUGGAAGAUCAAUCUGUUCAUGCAAUACAAAGACUACAUGGAGGAUGUCCUGAAAGGGGGGGAUGUGGUCCGUCUCUUUCAUGCUGAGCAAGAGAAGUUUCUCACAUGUGAUGAAUAUAAAUCUCGGCACCAUGUAUUUCUACGCACCACCCUGCGCCAGUCAGCCACUUCAGCUACUAGCUCCAAUGCACUCUGGGAAGUAGAGGUUGUACAUCAUGAUCCGUGUAGAGGAGGUGCCGGUCACUGGAACAGUUUAUAUAGAUUUAAACAUCUUGCAACAGGGAAUUACCUUGCAGCAGAGGAAAACCCUACCUAUAAAGGGGAUGCCCCAGAAUCGAAGUCUGGAUCAUCUUAUGCAGUAACGUCAUCUGUAGUGAAUAGUCGUGCCAACCGCAGGAAUGCAGGGGAGAAGAUUAAGUAUCGCCUUGUUGCUGUACCACAUGGGAAUGAUAUUGCCUCACUGUUUGAACUGGAUCCCACUACUUUACAGAAGACAGAUUCAUUUGUGCCCAGAAAUUCAUUUGUGAGACUACGACAUCUGUGCACCAACACUUGGAUUCAGAGCACCAAUGUCCCUAUAGAUGUUGAUGAAGAACGGCCGAUACGUCUCAUGCUUGGCACAUGUCCCACUAAAGAAGAUAAAGAGGCCUUUGCUAUUGUAUCCGUGCCUGUGUCUGAGAUUCGUGACUUGGAUUUUGCUAACGAUGCUAGUUCAAUGCUGGCCAAUUUUGUCGAACGUUUGAAUGACGGAUUCAUUAGCCAGAAUGACCGCAGAUUUGCCAUAAAACUCUUAGAAGAUUUGGUUUUCUUUGUCGUGGGUGUUCCCAAUAACGGUCAAAACGUGUUGGAUAUUGUGAUUUCCAAGCCCAACAGAGAGCGACAAAAGCUUAUGAGGGAGCAGAACAUACUUAAGCAGGUAUUUGGUAUCCUUAAAGCACCAUUCAAAGACAAAGGUGGUGAGGGUCCUCUACUUAGACUUGAAGAGCUCUCUGACCAGAAAAAUGCCCCAUACCAGUACAUGUUCCGACUGUGCUACAGAGUCCUCCGUCACUCUCAGGAUGAUUAUCGAAAGAACCAGGAGCACAUAGCCAAGCAGUUUGGAGUCAUGCAGUCUCAGAUUGGAUACGAUAUUUUAGCCGAGGACACAAUAACUGCACUGCUGCAUAACAAUCGGAAACUCUUAGAAAAACACAUCACUAAGACUGAGGUUGAGACGUUUGUCAGCUUGGUUAGGAAAAACCGCGAGCCAAGAUUUCUGGAUUAUCUUUCUGACUUGUGUGUAUCAAAUCAUAUUGCAAUCCCAGUAACUCAAGAGCUCAUCUGUAAGUGUGUUUUAGAUCCCAAAAACAGUGAUAUCCUCACAAAGACUGAGCUGAGACCAGUAAAAGAGAUGUCCCAGUCCCCAGAAUAUAUGAGUAUUGAGUACUGUGAAGAUGAAGUCUGGCUAGUCUGGUUAGACAAAAACAAUGAUACCCAUGAGAAGAGCAUCCGACAGUUAUCACAAGAGGCAAGGGCUGGAAACGUCCAUGAUGAGAAUGUAUUGACGUAUUAUCGUUACCAGUUGAAACUUUUUGCACGAAUGUGCCUAGACCGUCAGUACCUGGCUAUCCAUGAAAUCUCGAAGCAACUGAGUGUUGACCUGAUCUUCCUUUGUAUGGCUGAUGAGAUGCUGCCUUUUGAGAUCAGAGCUUCUUUCUGUCAUCUUAUGCUGCAUGUCCAUGUUGACAGAGACCCACAAGAACUGGUGACUCCAGUAAAGUAUGCCCGCCUGUGGACUGAAAUCCCUACAAGCAUCACCAUUAAAGACUAUGACUCCAACCUGAAUGAUUCAAGAGAUGACAAGAAGAAUAAGUUCACAAACACAAUGGAAUUUGUGGAAGAUUAUCUCAACACAGUGGUCAGUGAAGCUAUGCCAUUUGCCAAUGAGGAAAAGAACAAGCUAACAUUUGAGGUGGUGAGCCUUGCACGUCAUUUGAUAUAUUUUGGAUUCUAUAGCUUUAGUGAACUUCUGAGGCUGACAAGGACUCUACUGGGAAUUAUAGACUGUGUUCAGAAUUCACAGGCAAUAGUGCCACAUCCCGUGUACAGCGAAGAUGCAGCAGAAAAAAAUGUGAGGCGAUCUAUACAAGGAAUGGGACAAAUGAUGUCCACAAUGGUGCUGACUCGAAAACCAUCUGUGUUCAAUUCCUCUUCACUCAUGAAUUCUGUAGUGGGUCAGGAAGCUUCUAAGAGGAAGACUAUCGGAAGUGAAAACAUUACUGUGAUGGAGACCAAGCUGAAGAUCCUGGAGAUCCUUCAGUUCAUCCUGAAUGUACGACUGGAUUACAGGAUAUCUUACCUACUCUCUGUCUUCAAGAAGGAGUUUGUUGAGGUUUUCCCUAUGCAAGAUAGUGCAGCAGAUGGGACUGCUCCUGCUUUUGAUAAUACAAAUGCUUCUUUAAAUGUAGAGCGCAUUGGAGAACAAGCAGAAGCUAUGUUUUGUGUAGGGAAGAAUUCUAUGUUGGAGGUAGAUGAUGAAGGUGGCAGAAUGUUUCUGCGAGUCCUCAUACAACUAACAAUGAAUGACUAUCCAGCUUUAAUCUCUGGAUCCCUACAACUUCUAUUUAAACAUUUUAGCCAAAGACAAGAAGUGCUGCAUACCUUCAAACAGGUUCAACUACUUAUCUCUGCCCAGGAUGUUGAUAAUUACAAGGUUAUAAAAUCUGAGCUGGAUAGGCUGAGGACUAUGGUAGAAAAAUCUGAACUCUGGGUGGAUAAAAAGGAAAAAGGAGAUGGCAGCUCCACAGAAGGAAACAAAAAGGAGAAAAAGGAGCAUAAUGAAAAUCAGGAGGGAUCUGGAAAACCAGCUGUGGAGAAGAGCAGUGAAAACUAUCAAAUUGUAAAAGAGAUAUUAGAAAGACUGAAUAAAAUGUGCGGUGUUGGUGAACAAGUUCGCAAAAAGCAACAAAGACUGCUGAAAAAUAUGGAUGCUCAUAAGGUUAUGCUUGAUCUUCUCCAAAUCCCAUAUGAAAAGGGAGACUUGAAAAUGAAGGAGAUUUUGAAGUACACACACCAGUUUCUGCAGAAAUUCUGCGCCGGAAACCCAGAAAAUCAAGCUCUUUUACACAAGCACUUGUCUCUAUUCCUAACUCCUGGUCUCUUAGAGGCUGAGACUAUGCAACACAUUUUUCUGAAUAAUUACCACCUGUGCACUGAGAUCCAUGAGACUGUUCUUCAACACUUUAUCCAUUGUCUAGCCACACAUGGGAGACAUGUGCAAUACUUAGACUUCCUGCACACCAUCAUCAAAGCUGAAGGCAAAUAUAUAAAAAAAUGUCAGGACAUGAUCAUGACAGAGCUCACAAAUGCAGGAGAUGAUGUUGUUGUUUUCUACAAUGACAAAACUUCAUUUACAUCAAUGCUGGAAAUGAUGGCAGUAGCCCGUGAAGGUGUAGAUGAGAACAGUCCGCUUAUGUAUCACAUUUCACUAGUUGAUCUUCUAGCUGCUUGCGCCGAGGGCAAAAAUGUCUACACUGAGAUCAAGUGCACGUCUUUGUUACCUCUGGAGGAUGUUGUACGAGUCGUAACUCAUGAAGACUGCAUUACAGAGGUAAAAAUAUCCUAUGUGAACUUUGUAAAUCACUGUUAUGUGGACACUGAGGUGGAAAUGAAAGAAAUAUAUACAAGCAACCACAUCUGGACCCUUUUUGAAAACUUCAUUCUAGACAUGGCUCGAGUAUGUAAUAAACGAGAGAAACGCCUUUCAGAUCCUACCUUAGAAAAGUAUGUUCUCACUGUGGUUUUGGAAACAAUAAGAUCCUUCUUUAACUCACCAUUUUCAGAGAACAGCACCUCUCUUCAGACUCAUCAAGCAAUAGUAGUCCAACUUCUGCAGUCAACUACUCGGCUUUUAGAGUGUCCUUGGCUUCAGCAGCAGUAUAAGGGAUCAGUAGAAGCAUGCAUAAGGGCCUUGGCUGUGGUUGCAAAGAGUCGCAACAUAUCACUUCCCAUGGAUUUAGAUUCGCAUGUUAGUUCUUUACUGAACAGUUCCUCAAGUUCACUUCAGAGAAAUCAGCCCGCCUACAAGCAAGCUACAUCCUCAAGAACCUUUACUCGUGCCAGUGCUACACAGAACCAGUGGGAUUACAAGAACAUUGUAGAGAAGUUGCAGGAUAUUAUACAUGUGCUAGAGCAACAGCUGAAGCCUCUUGUAGAAGCAGAACAGUCUGUUCUUGUAGAUGUUCUCCAUCACCCUGAAUUACUCUUCGCUGAAGGAACUGACCCUCGUUCACGAUGUGAGAGUGGAGGCUUUAUUUCCAAACUUAUUCAGCACACUAAAAAUCUUAUGUCUAGUGAAGAAAAGCUCUGUAUAAAAGUUUUAAGAACCAUUACAGCAAAUGUUGCAGAAAAAAAAAAUAACUAUGAAGAGCGGGGAAAUUUACUAAGGAAAACCCUUCUAAAUAAUUACCUGCAAAACAAGAAGUCAAAUGCUAAAGGCGAGACAACUGACACCUUUGCCACUGGUCUGGACCAGGACUGGUCUUUAAUAGCACCAAUUCAAUGUAAGCUGGACCGAGAAGGAGCAACAAAACUUGUAGCUGACCUUAUAAUGAGUUCCAAAAAUGAUAAGAUCUUUCAAGAAAGCAUUUUAUUGGCCAAUAGAUUAUUGGACGGUGGUAACACAGAAAUACAGAAUUCAUUUUACAAUUUAAUGAAGGGUGACAUCAAGUCAGAAAAGUUUUUCAAGGUCCUGUUUGAAAGAAUUAAAAGUGCUCAGCAGGAAAUAAAAUCCACAAUGUCUGUGAACAUGAAUGAUCUGGGGUCAAAUGAAACCUAUGAGGCGGGUGGAAAUCUUACCACAAAAGGGAUUGUGGUGCCUACUUCAAGGGUCCUAACAGGAGGACCCCAACAUCGCAAAGGACAUGAAGGGGGAGAGCUUGGUGAAGGUAAUGAAGUUGGUCCUGUUGUACUAAUUAUGGAACCCAUUUUGAGAUUUCUUCAGCUCUUGUGUGAAAACCACAAUCCAGACCUACAGAAUUUCUUGCGGAAUCAGAAUAAUAAGACCCAUUACAACUUAGUAUGUGAGACUUUACAGUUCCUGGAUAUCAUGUGUGGAGCACCACAGGGGUCUGGUCUGUUGGGUCUAUACAUCAAUGAAAAAAAUGUGGCCCUUAUAACCCAGACUUUGGAGACCCUCACAGAAUAUUGCCAAGGACCAUGUCAUGAGAACCAGACCUGUAUAGUUACACAUGACUCCAAUGGCAUUGACAUCAUAACAGCCUUAAUUUUAAAUGACAUCAGUCCUUUGUGUAAAUAUAGGAUGGACCUAGUUCUACAGCUGAAGGACAAUGCAUCAAAACUGCUUUUAGCUCUCAUGGAAAGUCGUCAUGACAGUGAAAAUGCAGAAAGAAUUCUGAUCAGUCUACGACCCCAAGAAUUGGUGGAUGUUAUCAAGAAGGCUUAUUAUCAAGAAGAUGAAGGGGACAGCUCUGAUGUGUCACCACAAGAAGUUGGACAUAACAUUUACAUCCUUGCUUUGCAGCUGUCACGUCACAACAGGCACCUACAACAUCUUUUGAAGCCUAUCCAUAGAAUUCAAGAGGAAGAAGAAAGUAUCUCUACUAUGCUCAGCCUAAAUAAUAAACAGCUGACACAAAUGUUGAAGGCGAAAACUGCCCCAGUGGAGGAAGAAAAAGAAGAUCCUCUGGUAUAUUAUGCCAAGCAUACUGCACAAAUUGAGAUUGUACGUUCAGACCGAAGUAUGGAACAAAUUGUGUUUCCUGUUCCAAAUAUCUGCAAGUUCCUCACAGAAGAGACAAAGCACAGAGUAUUCACUACCACAGAGCAGGACGAACAAAGCAGCAAAGUUAGCGAUUUCUUUGACCAGUCAUCUUUCCUUCAUAAUGAGAUGGAGUGGCAGAAGAGAUUGCGCAGUAUGCCGUUAAUAUAUUGGUUUUCACGUAGAAUGACACUAUGGGGAACCAUUUCUUUCAACCUGGCGGUUUUUAUUAACCUGAUCAUAGCCUUUUUCUAUCCCUAUGUAGAGGGUACUUCUAUUGGAAUAUUGGAUUCACCCCUUAUCUCUCUUAUUUUCUGGACCAUGGUUUGCUUCUCAGUUAUGUCCCUUUUCACAAAGCGUUAUGGUCUUCGACCACUUAUUGUGGCAUUGAUCUUGCGUUCCGUGUACUACCUGGGAAUCGGUCCAACACUCUACAUAUUGGGAGCUCUGAAUUUGACAAACAAAAUAGUUUUUGUGGUUAGUUUUGUGGGCAAUCGAGGAACUUUCAUCCGUGGCUAUAAGGCAAUGAUAAUGGAUAUGGAAUUUCUUUAUCACGUGGCCUACAUCCUUACCAGUUUCCUAGGAAUCUUUGCUCAUGAACUGUUUUACAGCAUCUUGCUUUUUGACCUGAUAUAUCGUGAAGAAACACUAUUUAAUGUAAUUAAGAGUGUAACACGAAACGGCCGAUCAAUUCUCCUGACUGCCCUACUUGCACUGAUCCUGGUCUACCUCUUCUCCAUUGUGGGCUUCCUCUUCUUGAAAGAUGACUUCAUUAUGGAAGUGGAUCGGCUUCCCCAGGCCCCUCGGACUAUGACUCAGUCAGUGGGACCAAACUCCUUUGCAGAAUAUUGUGGAACGGACCAAACUGACUGCACUUCUGAGGUUACAGUACUUGAUAAUCCUGAAGAUGAGGAUGAUGGCACAGAGAGAGCUUGUGAUACACUGCUCAUGUGCAUUGUCACCGUUCUUAAUCAUGGGUUGCGAAACGGAGGAGGUGUGGGAGACAUUUUGAGAAAACCCUCUAAAGAAGAAUCCCUGUUUCCAGCCCGUGUGAUUUAUGAUCUUCUCUUCUUCUUCAUUGUUAUUAUCAUUGUUCUGAACCUCAUUUUUGGUGUUAUUAUUGACACAUUUGCUGAUUUGAGGAGUGAGAAACAAAAGAAAGAAGAGGUCCUGAAGACUACCUGCUUUAUUUGUGGACUGGAGAGAGAUAAGUUUGACAAUAAGACCGUGUCCUUUGAGGAGCACAUUAAGGAAGAGCACAAUAUCUGGAAUUAUCUGUACUUCAUCGUGUUGGUGAGAGUGAAGAACAAGACAGAUUACACUGGUCCAGAGAGCUAUGUGGCACAGAUGAUAAAGAGUAAAAACCUGGACUGGUUCCCCAGGAUGAGAGCAAUGUCUCUAGUCAGUAACGAAGGAGAAGGAGAGCAAAAUGAGAUACGUAGCCUCCAGGACAAACUGAACUCAACCAUGCGGCUGGUUACUCAUUUAACAUCGCAGCUCAAUGAACUCAAAGAACAGAUGACUGAGCAACGGAAGCGGCGGCAGAGAAUGGGAUUUGUGGAUGUACAGGCGAAUGUGGGGCACUCAAUGGCCAGCAACCAAGCUGUAGUUAGUCAAUGACAGAGUGGAAAGACUGAAAAUUAGCUGUGCACCAUAAAAUGUUGCUGAAGACCGUAGUUUAACACUGUGCCAUUGAUAUGCAUCAUAAUGAUAUUGCUGCUCUUUAUGUGAAACAAGGAGGUUUUUGGGUAUGUAAGUGCAGGACAUGAUAGUAGCAAUGAAGAACCAAGUUUCCUGGAACUAAAAUGGAUCCAGGCAGACAUGCUGUGGUGCAAUAUCUGUAAAUGUCUAUAUGCACAGGGAUUUUAUGAACAACACUGGAAUGAAAUAUUAAAAACACAAAGGGGAAAAAGCCCUUUGCACAAAGUUCAAUUAGAACAUGUAUUAAUCCUGUUAAAUGGUUCUUGAUAUUGUAAAGAAGAUUAAUAUAAUGCAAUCUUUCACUACCACAAAUAAUUAGCAGCACCUACCUAGUACUCCAAGCGCUAUUGGCAAUGUGUCAGGCUAUUAAUAAGAUUGAUACAAUUAUUGACUCAUUUUGCAUAGUCUGCUUUAGAUGUUGAGGCAGAUUGCACCAUUAACUAUUCCUCAGACUAGAAGUGAAGUUAAAUAUUGAAUGAGGUCAGAUUAGUGGUAAUAGACCAAUCCUUAAAUAGUACUGACUGGGUACAGCAAAUAUAGAUGUUAAUUUCAGUGCAGAUGAAAAAUCUUAAUAGACCCGCAAGUAUAUAAUUUUUGUGUACUUGGUUGGUUUGGAUGGUUUAAUUGCAAUUGUGAAAAAUUUAUAGGUUUACAAAUAUUACAUGUGCAUAUUCCUAUGUCUCAUUUCAUAGACGUGGCCUGUUGCAGAUGAAAUAGGCAUUUUGCUAAUUGAGAAAACUACUGUUUACAGAGAAGAAGGGGAGGUUGUGUAACUAGUAAAACAUAGAAAUGGUAAUAAAAUAGUUUCUCCUUACCUCUUAAUAAAAUACUCAAAUGUGUGUAAUCAUG